ACAAGAUGACCAUCCACGUCGAGGGUCUCGUGGCCAUCGUCCUUUUUUACCUGGUCAUCCUGCUCGUGGGCCUUUGGGCGGCGUGGAAGAACAAGAACUCGGGAGUGGGCGACGGCGGAGAACGGAGCGAGAGCAUCAUGGUCGGGGGUCGCGACAUUGGCUUGUUCGUGGGCGUCUUCACGAUGACGGCAACGUGGGUAGGUGGGGGCUACAUUAACGGGACGGCUGAGUACGUCUACUUGCCUGACUAUGGCUUGGCUUGGGCACAAGCGCCCUUUGGAUACGCCCUCAGUCUGGUACUAGGAGGUCUUUUCUUCGCCAAACCCAUGCGUUCACGGGGCUACGUCACCAUGCUGGAUCCUUUCCAACAGCUCUACGGAAAGAGGAUGGGGGGUCUCCUCUUCAUCCCCGCUGUCAUGGGAGAAAUCUUCUGGUCGGCGGCUAUUUUGUCUGCCCUCGGAGCCACUCUGAGUGUGAUUGUGGACAUAAACAUCAACAUGUCAGUGUUGAUCUCAGCCCUGAUUGCGAUCUUCUACACCCUCGUGGGAGGACUCUACUCAGUCGCCUACACAGAUGUAGUCCAACUCUUCUGCAUCUUCCUGGGUUUGUGGAUCAGCGUGCCGUUUGCCUUGUCCAAUCCUGCCGUGUCAGACAUCACGGUGACAGCCAAGGAGGCAAUCCACCAGUCACCCUGGCUGGGGAAGAUUGAUCCCGCAGAUAAAUGGCUCUGGGCGGACAAUUUCUGCUUGCUGAUGUUGGGGGGGAUUCCCUGGCAGGUCUAUUUUCAACGGGUUCUUUCUGCCUCUUCAGCUACCUACGCCCAGGUCCUCUCCUUCCUCGCCGCCUUCGGUUGUUUGGUCAUGGCCGUGCCCUCUGUCCUCAUUGGAGCUAUAGGGGCGUCCACUGACUGGAACCAGACUUACGGGGCCCUGGCGCCGAAGGACAAGGAUGAAUCCGACAUGAUCCUCCCCAUCGUGCUUCAGCACCUCUGCCCGUCUUACGUCUCCUUCUUCGGCCUGGGGGCGGUGUCCGCGGCGGUCAUGUCCUCGGCGGAUUCCUCCAUCCUCUCAGCCAGCUCCAUGUGCAGGAACAUCUACCAACUGGCCUUCCGGCAGUCGGCCUCAGAUCGUGAGAUCGUCUGGGUGAUGCGCCUCACCAUCUUCGUCUUCGGAGCCCUUGCCACCGCCAUGGCCUUGCUAACAGGAACCGUGUACGGCCUGUGGUACCUGAGCUCGGACCUGGUCUACGUCAUCGUCUUCCCCCAACUUCUAAGCGUCCUUUUCGUCAAAGGAACCAACACCUACGGCUCAGUGGCCGCCUACGUCUUCGGUCUGUUGCUACGAAUCGGUGGCGGCGAACCCUACCUGAAACUACCCCCGUUCAUCUACUACCCCGGCUGGGUGACCCAGGAGAAGAUCCACCGCCUCACUGGAGAGGUGGAGUACUUUGUCCAGCAGAGGUUCCCGUUCAAGACCGUGUCAAUGGUGGCGUCCUUUCUGGCAAACGUGGCGUUUUCCUACCUGACGAAGUACCUGUUUGAAAGCGGAACGCUCUCGCACAAGUACGACUUCCUGGACGCCGUGAUCUCCAAGCACAGCAAGGAGAUCAUGGACAAGACCACGCUGGUGAGCCAGGACAACAUCAUCCUUUCCGAGAUGGCGCCCGUCAAACAAGCCCUGGGCGCGUCCCUGGCGGGGACCUUCAUCAACAGAGAAGUUCUGAGUGAGGACGAAGCGUCGAGUCCGGAGGAUUUUCAAACUGAAAACUAGACGCGACCGGAACGUUCUUCUGGAACUCACCACUGCCCCACUCGGAGCCAACGGAGCUCUGCGACGGCCUCCGGGUAAUUCCACCUAUUUUUGUUUCAUGGAGGGUCAGAAAGCCCAUUUCCGAGACUGGUUCAUCCCGAACGCCAACUCUUUGGCCGUCACUCCAGCAGCACUGAGAGCGGACUCCGCCAAACCGCCUCUGGGUAAUGUUGCAAUUUCCAACGCCGACAAAGCAUUUCACCCAAAAAUGUCAUAAUAAAACAAAAUGUAACAACUGGACCAAAAGUUAUUCCAAUUAGCUCAUUUUUAAAGGUGCCAUAUGUAAUAAUGUGGCCAGAAAUGGUACUGCAAUCAAGGUCAAAAUUCUGUAGUCCCUUCCCUUGUCUCCCGGACUGAGGUUGCCAGAUACGCAGCCGAAUUCAGCUGGAUGGACUGGGCUAGUCCAAGGAACUUCCACUGACUCUUACUCAGGGUUAAGGUGCUGGGACCAUAAUAGCUGAAUAGACAAGCGUUUUGUCAAUAACAAAUCUCGAACCAACACAUUUUACACAGAAUUAGGCUAUUUUCAGGAAGAAGUACUUCAUGUCUGCGUACAAUAUCACAACAAAUGGCAAUCCUAUGGUUGUUGUCAGUACUAUCAGAAAACAAAGACUACAACCAACUACAACCAACUAAAUGGUUAAACUGGUGAAAAUAAGUAGAGCAUGUUUAGCAGCCUAAUGUACCCCCAAAACUAAAGAGGAGACAUUUUAGCAAGGCAUGCCUAUAGGUUACUGUUUCAAACGUUGCAGAUUGCCAUAUAGCUUGGUGCAUGUAGUCCACAAUAUACAAACACGAAUAAGGAAUUAUUUGAUGAUGUGAUUUGGCUGUCUACAUACCUUUCACAUCGCCAUGAUGACAACCGUGCUAAUGUUGGAACACCUUUCCUCAGCGUGUCAGCAUGUUGAGAAGGAAAUAGGCACUGACACUACCCAUACCCACAUACCUUUUAUUUGUCCAACAUAUAUUUUGUCCUGUCAGUUCAAAUACACGACAUACAGGCUAACGGGCAUAUAUUUCUCCCGUUAGCCUGUAUGAACAUACUAGCUUUGUUAGACAAGAUCAUAGACUGUAUUGGACAAUAUAGUUGACAUACCAAAUGUGCAUUUCCAUUUAUUACAAGUCAUAAGAAAACGUAAAUGCCUGACAUACCUAUCAAGGAGAAAAUUAGCAAGUUUGGCGUCUCCGAUACAAAUCCUCGUUUUGUUCCUGGCUUAGUCGGGACUAAGUUGAGAAUCGUAACGAGGCCUUUUAAAUUUACUAAGUAAGGUCUGACAUGUUUAGUAACUUUACCAGUGGCAGGAGCUAGACCAGAGGUCCCAAAACUAAGGCGUCCAAAAUUUGGUUGAAAAGUUGAAAAAAUAUUUUGUAUUUAUAGUUUUUAGUUUAUGAUUUUUUUUUAAUCUGUCCUUUCUAAUCCAU